AUGGCUUUUAACAAGAAUACUUCUUCUUCUUCUUCCUCCUCCUCUUCAUCAUCCUCAGUUGUGGAUGAAAUGUCAGAGAUGUCGCUGAGGAACGCAUCUCUCGACUCGUCCGAUGAGGAAGUUUCCUCCAGUCACACUGACAGGCUUGUGAAACAUCAACUGCUGCUGAACAAAAUCUUGGACCUUCAGUACAGAGCCCGAGAGCGCCAGGAGGAGUUUCAGUCACUGCUGGAGCGAUUUAACAAUACACAGGAAUCGCUAGAAUGGGAGAUUGAAAAAGUGGAGAAAUCCAUGGUCAGCAUGGAGUGGCUGGAGGACUUGCAGAAGAUCGUUGAUGAGUUCCAGGCCAAUAUGGCAUACAAUGUGAGCCGCCUUCGAGAGAACUUCAGAAAAAUGCAGGAGGUUGCAUCUAAAAAAGUUCUGACCGUGAAGCCAAAAGGUAAACCAGGAAAAGAUCUGGAUGCCAAAGUAGUUAAAAGCAUCCAGUCUCUGCCGUCUUGUCCCACGGUAGCAGAAUUGAAGACGAAUUCAACCGCUGCAUCAACGUACUCAUCAAACCUGAUCAACGCGUUGAAUAGCAUCACCAAAUCGACCUCCUGCAGUCCAGCCACGAGCAGGGCACUAAAACUAUCAGCAGCGACAAUUGAAAACCUCAACAAGGCUUUUCAAGAUCACUGCUUGGAAAUGAAGUCUCUCAAGACACCUCAGAAAGAGAGCAAAGUGGCUCAAGAUGUGAACAGAGAUGUCUUAGUUUCUCCUGUGCACCAAAAUGGAUCUGUGGUUCAGCAGCAGAAGGUACAAAAAUUGCCUGCUUUUCCUGUGAAACCCAAGGCAGAUGAUUUUGGUUUCCCUCAGGUCAAAGAGCUUGUACGGGAGACAGAUGUUGAAAUGUUGCCACUAGAAAGACCAGUGGCAACAUUAGACACGGCUCCAAAAGACCUCCAGAGUCCAUCUGCCCAUGGCCCGUUUCCUCCUGCCCUUGCCAAGACUUUUGCUCUCCCCAAGAUCACACGAUCUGUCGAGGAGACAAAAGUUACCAUAGAGCAAAAGGCAAACGUCACAUUAUUUGAAGAGAAACAAGUUGAUGCAGAGACAAUGGAGAGAACAGAGACAUCAUUUGAAGAGACAAUGGCUCAGAAAGACCUCCAGAGUCCAUCUCCUUGUAGCUUCCAUCGUCCUUCCAUUGUCAGAUCUUCAGCUCUUCCUCAGAUUUUGCAGUCUGUGGAGGAAAAAGUUGAUGCGGAGACAAUGGAGAGAACAGAGACAUCAUUUGAAGAGACGAUGGCUCAGAAAGACCUCCAGAGUCCAUCUCCUCGUAGCUUCCAUUGUCCGUCCCCCGUCAGAUCUUCAGCUCUUCCUCAGAUUUUGCAGUCUGUGGAGGAAACAAAAGUUGAUGCGGAGACAAUGGAGAGAACAGAGACAUUUUUUGAAGAGACGAUGGCUCAGAAAGACCUCCAGAGUCCAUUUCCUCGUAGCUUCCAUCGUCCGUCCCCCGUCAGAUCUUCAGCUCUUCCUCAGAUUUCGCAGUCUGUGGAGGAACCAAAUGUUGAUACGGAGACAAUGGAGAGAACAGAGACAUCAUUUGAAGAGACGAUAGCUCAGAAAGACCUCCAGAGUCCAUCUCCUCGUAGCUUCCAUCGUCCGUCCCUCGUCAAAUCUUUUGCUCUUCCUCAGAUUUCACAGUCUGUAGAGGAGACAAAAGUUUAUGCCAUGCCAGUGGAAGAACGCCAGAGUCCGUCUCCUGUCCACACCCGUCCUUCCUCGUCUGUGAAACUGCCCAAAAUUCGGACUCAAGUAAAGCCAUCACUUCAGAAGUCUGACAAACCAGAGACUCGCAAAUAUGAUUCUGCAGUCUCGGGCAGCAUUGAGGAGCGGUACAUGAAGAACAGCGAGGAGGACGGUGACAAACUGCUUCGUGCAAGCAUGAAAGACCCAUCAUUCGUAAUUGACAUCAAAGCUCAAGAAAACAACCUCCAGCAGCUGGAUCGAGCUUUUCAAAAUAACAACAUUUCCUCUGAAAUGUACAACCUGUGCAGAGGAACCGUCAAUCAGACACUUAAGAGUGUUGAGCUGCGUCUUGGAUGUCUUUUACGGAUAUACAUCAAAUAUGUCCAAAUGAAGCAAUUAAGGAAGACGCUCGAUGGAAAUUUCAAGGCGACCAGAAAUUUAAGGGAUGGACUGGAGUUCAAAAAAGUUCAUUCUCAGCUCUGCAAAUUUGACCGUUUCCAGCAGAGUGUGAACAAAAUCUGGGACGCCAAGCAAGCCUCCACUGAUGAGACACGCAGACUGUGCAUCGCACGGAUGGCCCAUUUAUACCGACAGGUGAAUGCGGUGCAUGGCCUACAUCUGACAGGCAUAUCAUGUGUGCAAAGGCAUGUAUCACUGCCUCUGCUCACUGUGACACCUGUGCGGUUCAGCUCCGAUUUGUGUCCGUCUCCUCCUCGGGAACCGCAAACUGCAGCCAGCAGAGCCAGUCCAGCGCAUCAUCCUCAAAUCCACCCCAAAGCUCUGCACCGCACAAAGGCGACCAGGAACAUACCAGGCAGUUCCCUGAAGAUCAGUCACAUUCAGUAUUGAUGGCCAGUGUCAACAAGUAAUGUGUAGAAUAAUGGCUUGUAAAUGAACCCAAGAACAGAUCACUGAAAUGUCACAAAAGUAAAACAAAAGCGAGGACUCUGGAGGCUUCGCAUCAGGAACGGACUCUGGCAUGGACACAGCAACUGAAACAGAAACAAUGGCCUGUAUAUAGACAUAAGAAGAUGGGUUCAUUUACAUUUGUUACACUGCACU